AUGCAUGAUACCAGGAAGUGGCUGCCGGCACCUAGACUUUUUCUAAAGAAAAUAUCUGCUGCGGAACAGCUGCUACACGGCCCUACAGCUGCUGACUGGCAGGGGAACAUGGAGUCCGACUGGUCUCUGCCAAUACCCGCUGUUGCCAAAAACCCAUGCCUCUGCUGCUGCCACUGCCAGAGACAAAAACUCAUCUCACUUCUACCUUCUAAACUCAUAUUUGAUGGAGCCCUGAACGUUGAUCUGACAGAAUUCCAGACCAACCUGGUGCCCUAUCCCUGUAUCCACUUCCCUCUGGCCACCUAUGCCCCUUUCAUCUCUGCUGAGAAAGCCUACCAUGAACAGCGUUCUGUAGCAGAGAUCACCAACGUGUGCUUUGAGCCAGCCAACCAGAUGGUGAAAUGUGACCCUCGCCAUGGUAAAUACAUGGCUUGCUGCCUGUUGUACCGUGGCGAUGUGGUUCCCAAAGAUGUCAAUGCUGCCAUUGCCACCAUCAAGACCAAGCAUACCAUCCAGUUUGUGGACUGGUGCCCCACUGGCUUCAAAGUGGGCAUUAAUUACCAGCCUCCCACUGUGGUGCCCGGUGGAGACCUGGCCAAAGUCUAGCAAGCUGUGUGCAUGCUGAGCAACACCACAGCCAUCGCUGAGGACUGGGCUUGCCUGGACCACAAGUUUGACCUGAUGUAUGCCAAGCGUGCCUUUGUUCACUGGUAUGUGGGGGAGGGCAUGGAGGAAGGAGAGUUUUCUGAGGCUCGUGAGGACAUGGCUGCCCUUGAGAAGGAUUAUGAGGAGGUUGGUGUGGAUUCUGUUGAAGGAGAGGGUGAAGAAGAAGGAGAGGAAUACUAAAGUGAAAAAUGUCACAAAGGUGCUGCUUUUACAGGGAAGCUUAUUCUGUUUUGAAUAUUGAUAAGUUGUGCUCUGAUCAGUUAAUUUGUAUGUAGCAGUGUAUACUCUCAUAUACAAUUACUGACCUAUGCUUUAAAACACAACGCUUUGUUACAGACCCAAGCUGUCCAUUUCUCUGAUGGGUUUGAAUAAAGUAUUCCCUGUCUUAA